GAAUUACGAAAUAUUCAAAUAUACAAAAUAUGAAAACCGAUAUCCAUUUACUAAUAAAUAACAGGUUUUUAUUUGAAAUAAUUGCUAAACAUAGACAUUGGUGGCAAAAUUGUGUAAUACGAAACGUUCAAUACACGUUUUAGAAAAAGGCGGCGAACGCCCCAAGCAAACAAUGACAUGAGCGGAGGUAUCAACCUGAAAUAUGAUCAUGAUGUGGGCAAUAACUUUUAGUUAAGGUAUUGAUGCUACUAUAAUAUCGACAGCUUUGAAGUCACAAGGUCUUCGCGCGCAGUUCCAUAAAGAUUGAAACAAUAAUCUAAUGUUAAACAGAAAUGCAUAUGCAUAGGAAGCUCAGAGAAUCAAGCAAAGUCGUUUCAUGCAAUAAACGUAGCGAUACUGACAAACUGGCAACAGGCUUUGAAGACCUCAAUCUAAAGUUUAAUCAAAGACACAAUGUAUAGGAAAACGAAUAUCAUCUAUAGUUUUUUAUUUUUGCUUACCCUGUGUCUUUCACAACAUUGUAACUGCAAGAAAGUUGUGAUCAUCGGGGCAGGAGUAAGUGGCUUAUCCGCUGCUCGAGUGUUAUUUGAAAAUGGCCAAUCUGAUGUUACUAUUCUCGAGGCAACUGACCGCAUUGGAGGUCGAAUAUUUACAACAGAAUUCAAAGGUCAUAUGUAUGAACGCGGAGCUCAGUGGAUUCAUGGAAUGGGGGAAAAUCCCGUUUAUAAGUACCUAUCUGAAGAUGCAAAUCUUGAAAUUGAGAGUCAGGGUCGCUACUCUCAGGCAAACGACUCCGAAUUUCAGUACUACAGUGGAAGACCGUUGACUCCAAUUAUAGAAGAUUUGAUUUGGAAUUCUUCAAAACUUUUGGAUUAUAUUGGUUUGGAAAUUGCAUCAAUGGGAAAAAGUGAGGAAGAAAUGGCUAAUUUGCCACUAGGAAGCUUGACAAGAAAAUUGUGGAGAAAAUUUUUUUCCAGACACUAUAGUAAACUUGGACUUACUAGAGAAGUGAUCGGCCCAAUUUUUACAAACGAAUUUGGAUUACUGGAGGUAGCUGUCGGAGGUCAUCUGAAUAUUGUAAAUUACCUAGCGUUGUACCAAUAUGAAGAGUAUGGUGCCACCGACGUGAAAGUUUUGGAUGGAUACAUGAUUUUGCCCAAAAAAUUGAGUAAAAAUAUCCCAAAAAGUGCAAUCAAGUUAAAUAGCAAAGUUCAAAGUAUACAGUGGAAUAAGAAAAAUGAAAGUGGCGUCGCGAUAACUUAUGUAAAUCAAUUUAACAAGGCUGAAGUAAUUCACGCUGAUAUGGUACUUGUGACGGUUUCGAUCGGCUGUUUGAAAAAAUAUCACAAAACUCUCUUUGAUCCAAAUUUGUCGGUAAAAAAACAAUCUGCAAUACAGAGGAUCGGUUUCGGUGCUACCAACAAAAUGUUGCUGUUUUACGAAAAUCCAUUUUGGGGCCCCGGAAAAUUUUCCGAAAAAUAUCUGUUAUGGGAUUCGUACGAUGAAUUAACUGCUACAAUACCCAAAGACGAGUUUUCUGUUAAAAGUCAUUGGUGUCGUGGCGUAUAUAAAAUCACAAGCUACAAAACAAAUUUUCUCAUGAUGUGGAUAACUAAAAAAACUUCGAAUCGGAUACGUAAAACACCUGAAAGUGAACUCAAACUGACUGUUACAAAUUUGUUACGACGAUUUCUGAACAAUCCAAAAUUACCAGGUCCUGAUGAUAUCAUAACCACCGAAUGGCACCGGGAUACAAAUUUUCUUGGCACCUACAGCUAUCCGACAAUUGGACAAAUGUCAAGCCAUCAGAAAAAAGUACGAGAACCUCUAUACGUUAACGACAUGCCAAGAGUAUUUUUUGCGGGAGAAGCGUUGAGUGUAUCGAGGUACGGCACGGUAGAUGGAGCAUUCUCGACAGGAAAAAGUGAAGGAGAAAGAAUCUUAAAGUUAAUACAUGGAUAGAAGCCGUUAAUAAAGCCGGUUUAUACUUUGGGUUAAAAUACCCUUUUAAUUUUCUGUUCCUUGUUAGUAUAAUCGCAUGUAUAUUAUCUAAUUAUAAUAUGCU